AUGAAUGCUGUGCGGGGGGGCACAGUCACCUGGCGUCCCCAGCCAUGGCAGGACGGGGAUGGGGGAGGAGGGGAGCCUCUGUCGGACAGUGACUCAGAGGAGGAGGACUUCCCUGAUGACAGCACCACCCCCCUGGGAGACUACAUCACACAUGGACUGAAGCAGCUCCUGGAUGCUCAGCAGCUGUGUGAUGUCACUCUACUUGUGGAGGGAAAGAAGUUCAUGUGUCACAGAGUCCUCUUAGCAGCUGUGAGCCCCUACUUCCGGGCCAUGUUCACCAGCCCACUGGUGGAGUCGCGCCUCACCGAGAUCCGUCUGGAGGAGGUGACGCCGUCUGUCAUGGAGACUGUCAUCCAGUUUGUGUACACUGGUGAGGCGGGGCUCUCUCUGGAUACAGCUGAGGAUCUAUUUGUGGCUGCCAACCGGCUUCAGGUCAUGCCCCUUCAAGACCUGUGCUCCAGGUUUCUAUUUGAGCACCUCUCAGUGGAUAACUGUCUGGGGAUGUACUCUCUGGCUCGCUCUCACCACGACCAGCUGCUGCUGCGUGCCUCCCUGCGGCUGGUAGCGCAACAUUUCCCCCGGGUGGCCCGACAGAAAGACUUCCUCCUACUUGACCACGGCACAUUGGGCAGUCUCCUGAGCUCAGACCGCCUGGGAGUGGACUCCGAGGCGGAAGUCUAUGACGCGGCCCGCCGCUGGGCAGAGCACCAACCCUUGGACCGCUACGUCCACAUGCCGGCGCUUCUUCACCACCUGAGGCCCGGGCUGCUGUCCCAGGAAGAAAGCCGAAGACUGAGCCAGGAGUUGGGGCCUGCUGCGGCUGGUGAGGGCCUUGGGGGGCCUCUGAGACCACGGGAGGGAAUGUUUGAGAAAAAGAUUGUCUGUGUGGACCUGACACCUCGGGAGGAUGAGAAUUUAGCUGCAAGAGACUACACAGUGGACUGCUUUGAUCCUCGGACAGGGAAGUGGGAGAAGUUAGCAGCGCUGGAAUCACUUGUCAGUCCCGGCUGCACUGCAGUCGGUGACAGGCUGUUUGUAGCUGGUGGGAUCCUGCGGACAGGCUCUGUGUCUGCAGCGGUGCAUGAAUAUGAUGCAGUGUUGGACCGCUGGAUAGAGCGGCCUUCAAUGGUCCAGCCCAGGGCUAUGCUGGGCCUGCUGGGCUGUGGAGAGUCACUCUAUGCCUUAGGUGGCAGUAACCGCUCAGCCCUGAUGGACUCCAGUGAGACCCUGGAGCUGACUACACUACAGUGGGCUCCGGGGCCUCGGCUACCGCUACCUCUGCGCGCCUUUGCCUGCGCAGCGCUACGUGGACGACUUUACCUUCUGGGUGGAACCACACUAGAACAGAACCGGGCUGUGGUCCACUCGGGCGUGCUUAUUUAUCACACCCUAACAGACUGCUGGACACGCGUGGCGCUGGACUCUGGCGCCACCUGCCUUGCUGGAGGAGUAGCAGUGCGAGGGGGAGUCUGUGCAAUCGGGGGAUACAUGAGGGAUACCACCAAGUUCCUGGAUGGAAACUACACUAAUCUGGAGACUUUAGACGCCACUGGCCGUGUUCUGUUUUUCAGAGAGGGAAGGGGGUCUGGGGUAGAGAGGGAGGUGACUGGGGGUGGGGUGAUGGUUACUGCAGAGCAGCGGGGGGGUGCAGGUGGUGGAAGCGACCGAGCCCCAAGCCCUGUGGUAUUUCCCGGGCUGCCGCGGCGGAUAGCAGCUGGGGGCGUGGCCAGGUGGAAAAGGAGGAUUUAUGUGCUGGGUGGAGAGAACGGCUCACGGUUCUAUGACAGUGUGUACUGUUGGAAGCCCGGCUGGCGCAGCUGGGUCCAGAGACGUGAAAAACUCCCUGGGGAUACUGGAGGAGUGAGCCAGUUUGGGUGCACCACUCUAAAAUUCCCUAAGAAACACAUCCUGUCCAGACUGAGACUAGCCAAAGAAAACUGCAAGAAGGCCGCUGACUAGCCUGACAGGGACCAGUAUGACUGAAGUCGAGGCAGCUGUUCAUGUGAC